AUGCUGGCCAUCACCCUCUUCUGGAUCGUCGCGUUCGGCGUGAUGAUCUACUUCAUGAUCAAGGAGUGGAAGGGCCUGAGCCGCGCCACCAGGGCAAAGAAUCUGAAGCUCAGGACGGUCAUCAUACCCGGAAGAGGCACCGUUCAGGUCGUGGCCAAGCCGGCGCCGCCGGGAGACCCGGAGUACGUGCCCCCGACGGUGAGCCAGGGACCGCGCCGAAAGAGGAUGGUUGACGGCGAGUUGGAGCUCCCAAGGUGA